CAUACAUGUAAUGAGUUGCUGCAAGGUUAUCAUUAUCAACCAUCGAAUAAUAAUAACCUACUGCAGAUUUCGCUCAUCCCAAAAUUCUCGCAAUGGCGCACAAAAGUGAAGCGCUUGGAAGCAAAAGAAAGCUUACCAACGGCAGCAAAGAGAAGUCUAGCAAAAAGCCAAAGUUCGACAAGAAACCAUCGCGAAAACAGGAAUCGGAGGAAGAUGUGAGCGACGAUAGCGAGAUCAGCGAAUUUUCCGAUCAAGAUGACGGCGGUGCGUCAUUAGGCAAUGCAAGGUCGCAACAAAAUGAUGAUAUACCUUUACGAGCAAAGUCUACUGACAAUCAACCUGGGAAGACUUUCGAAAAAGGUCAAAACUCACGCGAAUCCCAUAUAAAACAGAAGCAACUUGCCUUGGAGCGUAAAAAUGCAAAGCCCCUAGCCGAUGAAUUACAUCGAACCAAGAAGCUCUGGGAGAGACUACGGUUGAAAUCCAAGGUUCCGAAAGAUGAACGACAGAAACUCGUCGAAGAGCUCUUCAGCAUUGCUACCGGUCGUAUGAAGGAUUUCGUGCUUAAGCACGAUGCCGUCCGCGUCGUUCAGACCGCUAUUAAGUAUGCGACUCCUGAGCGACGGAAGAUGAUUGCGAGGGAGCUGAAGGGCGCAUAUCCUAUACUAGCCGAAAGCAAGUACGCCAAGUUCUUAAUCGGAAAGCUUCUUGUAAAAGGCGACGACGAGAUCCGAGAUAUGAUUGUUCCUGAGUUCUACGGAAGAGUUCGAAAACUUAUCAACCACCCCGAAGCUUCUUGGAUUUUGGACGAUAUUUACAGAGGCGCUGCCACCAAGGAGCAGAAGGCCAUUCUAUUAAGAGAAUGGUAUGGGCCCGAGUUCCAUGUUUUCCGAACCGCGACGGACGAUAAGACCGCCCCUACGGCCGAGCUCUCUCAGAUUCUUGCGGAGCAGCCGAGUAAACGAGCACCAAUCAUGAAAUAUCUGCUUGACCUGACCAACCAGCUUGUCCAAAAGAAGAUGACAGGAUUUACGAUGCUACACGACGCCAUGUACCAGUACUACGUCAAUGUGAAGCCCGGUUCUGAGGAAUCUAAGGAGUACAUGGAAAUGAUCAAGGAGGACGAGAAUGGAGAUCUGCUCAAGAACAUGGCCUUCACCAAAUCGGGCUCUCGUCUCGUAUGCUUGCUUCUCGCCCACGGAACAGCCAAGGACCGAAAGCAGAUCUUAAAGACAUAUAAGGACACUUUCCAACUCAUGUCAAGCGAUCCGCAUGGACACCUUGUCAUCCUCGCUGCUUACGACUUAAUUGAUGAUACCGUCUUAACUUCCAAGUCCAUCAUUACGGAAUUACUAGGCAAGACGGAACAAGAGGAAGUUUCUAAUGUGGUCAUUGCUGCCAAUGAUCCAAAUGCCCGCUUAACAAUACGAUAUCCGCUCGAGGGCGCAUCUAAGGUUCUCUUUGAUGCCGGCCAUGCUAAUGACCUGAAGCUCCUCGAGGAGCUAUGGGAGAUUCGCAAGACAACAAGCAAGAAGGAUCCCGAGGUCCGUCGAAAAGAGUUGAUCGCAGCAUUAUCACCACAAUUGCUGAAAGCAAUUGCCUCGUCACCACGAGAUUUAAUCUCUACUUCCCACGGGGCUCAAUUGGUUACGGAAGCUCUUCUUUCAUGCGUCGGAGAUAAAUCCGAAGCUCUACGAGCAAUAGCCUCUACCGCGAAGGGAGACCCCAAUGAGGUGGAUGCGCCUACUGAUGAGUCCGAAAACGGCCUUAUCCCUGGUGAACACAUAGCCAAAGCUUCCUACGGCGGCCGCAUGUUCAAGACCCUGAUAGCAGGCGGUCACUUUGACAAGGAGACCCGUCGCAUAAUACCUGUCGAUCCUCCCCUCCACUUCGCAGACAUCCUAUACCCCUUUAUCAAAGACCACGUCGUCGCCUGGGCCACAAGCCCUAGCUCGUUCGUUGUGCUCAACCUCCUAGAGGCGGAGGACUUCUCGAGCAAAAGCGAGCUCAAAAGCACGCUGAAGAAGAACAAGAAGGUGCUGGAGAAGGCGGCGACGGAGGAGACGCCGGAGCAGAAGGCCGCUAGGGAAGCUAUCGAGGCGAGCGCGGAGGCACAGAAAGGAGAUAAGACGAAGAAGAAGUGGAAGAAGGCCGCCGCGAAAAGGGAGCCGGUGGUUGGGAAUAUGGGCUCCAAGCUGCUGUUGGAGAAGUUGAAGGGUUAGAAACCUGGGAUUUCGUCCCGGCGUGGGUUAUAGGUACAGGGUUUGGAAAGUUGUAAACGAGUACUAAAGGCAAAUAUGCAAAUACUAGAUUUAUGGGCUUCAAAGAGUUGGUUAGUUCUUUUUCGGUGUGCUCUCAUGAAGUGAUGAGUCGUUGUGAUAUGCUGCCGGUAUUGAAGGACGGCUUUUCUUUCAUGUAUUUCUUAUGAUGAUGACUACAUUAUUCAAUUGCCUUCACGAAAUGCGUAUGCCCAUAGCCGUCUUUGCAUAAGCUACUGGUAAGAAGAUACCUAGUAUUUUGUUGUCUGGGUACCUAACAUAAUAUGAGAUGCAGCCCUCCGUCCGGGCCGAGAAGGGCGGAAAGGAGGGCAGAUAUGACUAGAUCAGGCUAAGUGGUUGAGACAAGUGAAUCAUACUACUUCGACUUAUAUAUGAAGAAAGGUGUGGACACCUAUAGGUGGUUUGCCAUUUACAUUACACUCUAUGUUGCCGUAUAUUACCAUGUACACUUGUAGUGAAUGUAUAAAAG